CCGAGCGAAGCCACUGUCUGCAGGCGUUGAAAACGCUUGCUGAAGUGCGGAAUUUCUGGCAGCACUGCUUCUCCCUGGACGUGGCUUUUCUGGACAAAAGCAAUGAUUUUUCAUCUUUCACUGGUGCCGUACGACGAAGUGCGGCAGACAAGGACAUCAAUAAUCGCGUUCAGGAGAAUGCAGCUGCAUUUUCCAGUACUCCACCUCCACCAUCGCGCGCACAGCUUCUUGCAGCGCACGACUGCGCUCUAUUCCAGUUAGAGCGCUUCCGCAUCGGUCGCGGACUCGACUUUUCUGCCACGAUUUUCGCUGCUUCGUCUUCUCCACCUUCUCCGCCCGGAACAAGGACUGCUCUCAGGGAUCAUCAAGGAGGAGUUGCAGCGACAUCUUCAACUCCCUGCUACGGCGGUCGCGACGUGCUGUUCCAGCGUUACUACGACACGUACAUACGGCUCUCUUCCUUUGCCACACACAAACAUAUUCUUCUGCACAAGGACCGUUUGGAGCACAUGGAAAAGUUCGGAUACACGGCAGAAGAGCACGACCAGCUCGUCAAGGAACAACAUGACAAUUUUUUCACCGACCACGCGCUCGACGAAGUAGAGGGCAGCAGCAGCGACGGGGCAUCUUCAACCGGCGAUGGUCGUGGGGCCGACGAAGCAGAAGCAGGAGAAAGCGCUGCCGGUCCAUCUUUUUUUGCCGGAAGUAGAACUAGAUCAGAGCACCACGACGACCUCCAGAGGACCGCGACGCCUGCGAUUGUGGACAAUCGAUACCGGAAAAAGCAGAGCACCGUGCUCCAAUCCCUCGAGUACCCCGAGACGAGUGCGAAGAUGCGCAACACGCUGAGCCAGUCACUGACGCGAUUUUUGAAGAAGGCGAUCGGUACUGACAUGCGCGAGAAAAUCGCGCUGAACACCAGCGUGAAGCAAAAGCACGACUUCGAGCGCGUGGACAGCGCGGACGAGGACAAGGGGGAAGAACACCUGGCCAACAUCCAGUUUUUCCACUCGCCGAGCGCGGCCCUCUUUCGCCGGCGCAUGUUGGCCGCGGCGCCGGGCAUCCAGGACCGGCAGAACAUCCCCGUAGGCGCGCGGCUGUUUGCGCGCGGACCGCGCUAUGCCGACGAAGUGGGCGAUUUGAAGCGGUUCCACCUGCUCACCCCGAUCGUGUCGGUAUUGGAGUACCUGCGAUGGUUGGCGACGAGUCGGGCCGCGUCUUCACCGUCGGCUCCUGGGGGAACAAAUAGAAGUUCACAGAGCGACUCUCUGGCGCAACCUACUCGACGUAGUUUUAGUGCCCUCCGCAGCGGCGCUCAGAAAGUCACGCUGAAGCGCGUCGCUGAUCCUGAUAAUGGAGAAAAAGACCACGGCGCUCCUGAAGACAACGAGAGCGAAGACCGCACGACGAUGUCCGCACUCCAGGGCGUUCAUCGCGCGAGUCAGCAAGACGCGCAGAAGCGGAAGAAGUCUCUGAUUGACCGCGCGCUGGCGAGAAGUCGCGAACGCUCGGACCAGUUGCGGAAAGCGCUCGCCCGCGUGCGGAAGGACAAGGACGCGUUCCUGCGCGCUCAGGAUCACGACGAGGCUUUUCACGGCCGGGAACUGCACGACUUUGAUGACGAGGAAAUAAAAGCUCGGAUGCUGGACCGACUGGAAGGUGUUGGUGGCAGCAACAAUGCAUCAACUGCCUUUGGUGCAGCCGGUCGUCCGGCGGCGUCGAAGGAUAUCUACUUGGAGAACAUGAGCGUGUCCGCGAAGGACCGCGCGAAGAUUUCUGCGUUUUUCAAAAAGCUAGAGGAGUUGGAGAAGGCGCGAGAGCGGGAGAAGCAGGUGCGCGCGUCCUUGCGGAAGAGCAGGGCUGAUCUGUCGAGUGUUCGAUUGUUUGUGGACGAACAACUGGUGAAGAAAGACGACCUUCAAGGAGCGCCAGCCAUUUUUGCUGCAGCCGGAGACGAUGAUAUGGAGGAGCAUGAUGAUGGGAAGAAGGACGACCAAGACGAUCGCGAUGCUCUCGAAAGGACGACCCGCGUUGUCGCUCCGAGCUACGCUCAAGAUGACGAGCUAGAGCCGGAAUUUGAUGUUCGUCCAGGGUCGACAGAGGUGGUCGCUGGACAAGAAAACGAAAAGAGUUGUUCUGGUUCUCCUCACAACGAGGACCAGGAUCAAGAAGACCCGGAGUUUUUUCUGAACCUUAGCGACACGGAAUUGUUAAAGCUGAAAAUGGCUGCCGCAGGUGACACGAUGCGAAAAAGUGAUGUCCUGAAUGCGGACGUUGAAGUGCUGCUCGGGGGGAAAAGGUCUAACAAGGAAGAUGAUGACGGAGUCGAAGUAGCUGGUGGAAUGGUGAACCCUGAUGCUAAGGAGGCGGGACCCGCCGACGAUGACGAGUUCGUAGAUCCUAGUGCGCUCGAUGCCAAUAGGCAGCAGGACGUUGUGGAUCGGUACGAAGCGCAAGAGUUGGUCGAGAACGCCGCGAGGGCGGUGGCAGAAACGGAGAUGGAAAAGGACGAAGAGGCGGUGGCGCAAGCGUUUUCGUCGUUCAAGAAAAAGCAUGCCGAAAAUGAAAAUGACGGCGCGAAUGCGACGCAGCUGGUCUCUGUCGUUCGGCGAGAUGGCGACCGCAUGGUGGUUCUGAAUGACUACAGGAUAAAUGUGUCGGGCGUCGAGGAAAGUUGGUUGAUGCCGCCCGAGGAAGGUAACUUCUUUGCUUUUGCCGCCUUGUACGUGGGCGCUGCUUUCAAACAAUUCCGAACUUGAUUGAAGACUUAGCAUUUUUUUUCACAGAAAAUACUUCUUUUUCGCACCACAGGUUUCGACUUGUACCAGAUGGAAACGGGGUAUGAGGUUGAAGAGAACCUGGUUAGAGAGCAGGCCUUCUACUUUGUCGGUGUCCGGCCCCCGACCGGUUGGUCUCCGAAGCGGUCCAAGGAGGUUUUUCUCUACUACGCGCAGGACGACGGCGGGGGAGCUCCUGCGACCACAAAUAGUACUGACGCGGACGUGGGGGACACCAGCGCCAGCGUGACUAAGCAGCGACCUGUUGCAUCUGUGGGAACUGCGGACCACGUGGUGACGGAUAAUGUUCAUGAUGAUCUUCAACAUGUAGUUCGUCCCGACGGGGGCGGACCAGCUCCGCUUUUCUACAAUGAUGAUCGUGCCUCGGGAGGAGGAGCCACGCCCAUGACCAAACCUGAAGCAGGAGCAACGUUCACAGCUAGCUCUGGAUCAUCACCAACGUCAUCGGAGUUUGAAAAAUGGUGGCGUCGCAUGUUUGCACACCUUGUGGAACACAACAAGGAGACGCUGAAAGACGCGGCAUUUUACCGGGUUGCUGGGUCGCGGUACGACGAAGUCAUUCAGAAGCGCAUCGUGGUCAUUUUCCUGAUGAAUCUGGUAAAGAUUUUACUUCGCCGCGGGGAGCUGUACUACGAACAGGUCGAACGCCAGACCGGGACGGCGCACCCAGAGUUUCUCUUCAACAGCAGUGGCAAGAAUCACCACGGUCGUGAGGACCGCAACUCAGCACAGAAUUCGGUUGGAAAAGAUAUUCCCAGUGCAGCUUCUGGAAGGCUUGCGACAUCGAAAAACGCAACCAGCCCUCUUGUAGCAACCACGUCAGCAGUUCCGGCUCCCUUCUCGAAAGCUGCCAGCUCGAAGGCAAGUUCAUCGGAGGUUUCUGAUUUCAGUUCCCUAGACGACGUCUACGUGCGGCCCCCAACCGUGCGGUACGAAAGUUUCCUGAAGCAAGUGCGGAAGAAAAUGCUGGAGCGGUUUGAAGGUGUUGAAGACGGUUCUUCGUCAAACUCCUCAACGGCGGAGAAGGACAGCUUGGGUCAUCUACCUCGAAACACGCACGCGGACACGCAGUCAACAAGUCAAGCAAAGACAAAAAUUCCUCUGCAGGUGAAAGCUGCUAUGGAGAGUGUGCGGGAGCUAGAGAAGUUGCGACUUCCGGUGGAGAAGUGGGACUUGUGGGAGGUGCUGCAUGCGUUUGAAAAUCUGUACCCGAAAGAGGCCCAGGCGUUGCUAGUGCAGCUCGAGGGACUGGGGCUGGAGAUCACCAAUCUGCUGUACAUGGCGGGGUCGGAAGAAGUGGGGAAAAGAAGAGAAAGAUCUUCUGACAGCGAUCGGCCGGCGCGCACGGUUGUUCCUGGCCCUGCUUCGCCGCACAAUAGUACUGUGCCGUCGAAUAGGUUCCACCCGUCCGUGCCGGCGAGCCGAUCUUCAUCUCUGACAGCGCCUUUGAUAAAAAGUCAAUCUGGCGCCAUGAUCGGUGGAGUAAAGAGCUACUCGCCAACAUCAACUAGUAGUGCUCUUAACAAGAAUCUGGCAGAUGUUUUUUCGCCGGAAACGCGAACGCUGCUGCAGGUGAGUCGCAACAUGAUGGACGCGCUCGUCAACAGCGGUGGAGCUGCUGGAUCAGCACAUGAUCAUGCGCAAGAUGAAACUUUCCCAGCAACGGAGGAACAUCAAGGCACAACUGCAGCAGACCGCGGGAUCUUCGGGGCUUCGCGACUCGAGGGGUCCCAGCUUGAGCUUCUGGCGAACAAGGCACGAGACGACCACGAGAGAGCAGGAGGAGACGCAGGUCAACAUUCGGUAGGGUCUGGGGCUAGUGACGUGUUCUUCGCUGAAGACGAGGAGUUCGAGUUUCGAUCCGGUGGUGCUGAAAACAAUAAAGCGACUUCAAAUAAGCCGAGAAAAAGUACGAUCGCCACGUCGCUGCAGACGUCAGCACGCGCUCUGGUAGAUCGCGCGGUCCUUGCCGGUGAGGACGAGAUUUCGAAAAAAUCAAAUCUUUCCAAGCGCACCCCGUCUAGCCCCGGAACUGCAAAUGGCGGAAACCAAAAUUCGUGUGCAGCUCCUCGAGAAGCAGCAGCGGAGUCAAUUUCUGGAAGAGGCAUCUCAGAGGACUUUAUGCCGCCGCGACAACGCAGCGACAGCUCCAUUUCGUCGCCAGUUGUUGAGAGCCAUGAUUUUUCUCCCGACCUUCUGGUUGAGCUUCCCCUACCAGUAGAGGAUGAUGAUGACGAGUCCGCGGAGGAUGUGGAAAGCGACGCUGAUGUUGGAGAUGCCGAAAGCGCACGCGAUCAGCAAGGAGGCGAAGUGACGCGCGGUCCUUUCGACCAACAGGAUGUUGCCGCAAAUGAAUUCUCAUCGCCCAUAGACUCCGAGAAGUUUCAAGAUGUUGUGAAACAAAUCGGGAAAGAAAACGCCCGGCGUGCCAGCACGGGUUUGUCGAAAGGAAAAGGGGAAGAUAAAAGCGCCUCUAGACGAACAAGGAAACCCUCCGCAGUGCCGCCGCUUGUUUCGCUUCUGGAUGCAGUGAACUUGAGCAAGAAAGGUCGUUUUGGAAAAGAGCCAGUAUCUACAGCUUCACAGGCUGCGAAAGGAUCGUCUGCGGCGACCACGAAGGGGGGACAAAAGAAGCAGGGCAGCAUUUACGAUCUGGACUCUGAUGGCACCGGGUUCGUCGUAGAGGCACCGAUUCCACCUAGAGAUCAAAAACGGCGGAGCAGCGGUCGUCAUGUUGACAUGGCUCGUCGUACGUCCUCUUCUGCUGCGAAGGGCAAGAACGAUGUGGUGAAAAGCAAGAAAAGAGUCACGUCUGGCGAUGCGCCUGCUAUAGCUGGUAUUACAGACGAUGAGGACCACGACGAGGACGAUUUCGGUUUGGAAGAAGAUGUUCCACCGGGUGGACUUCAGCAGCAGCAAAGUUCCCUUUCCGCCGCUAGCAGUUCUCUAUCGGCACCCGGCAGCUCUGCUCCCUCCCACGUUGCGGAAGCGGUUGACAGUUUAGAGCCGGAGCUGAUUUUGCCGAAGUCUAUGUCCCUCGCGGAGACGUUGCGCGCCAAAAACCGGCACAAUGCAGCCCUCUCGGAGCGGCGGAAAAAAGCUGCGCAGGCGUGUUUCGCCAAGUGGCAGCGCAAGAUUCCGGCAAUCACAGUGACGUCGUACCUACAGAACAAAGUGCGGGAAAGGAAGCAGGUGGAGCAGUUCUUCGUCGCAGGAGCAGGAGAGCUACAAGAACGCGGAUCAAUACAACCGGAAGGCGACAUGACAAUAACUGCGCAGCAAGGAAAUGAAGAUCUUGACGCCACCGGGACGGCGCGAUCCUCGAGAGCAUCCUCGAAUAACUACCAGCAGAACAUGUUGAAUAGUAAACAAGAUCCACCCGGCAGCACGAAGCGCAACAAGAGUAGCAGAAUGAGUCCGCGAAGUUCGCUCGUGGAGGAAUUUCUUGCGCAGGGCGAACCUCCAGAAUCAUCGGACGAGAGCGGUGGAUACACCAGCGAGGAGGAUUUGUGGGAUAACGACUACGGCGACAAGAACUCUAACACCGCCGGCGCGGCGUUCGUGGUCGGGAAGGAGCCACCGGACUGGCAUUCCGUGCAGCAUAGUCGGUAGCGAGAUCCUCGUUUUAUGGAGCUUCAAUAAAGUUCGAAGAACGAAGCGAGCCUACUAAUUCUAUCUAAGCGCGUCUUCUGUGUAUGAUUUGGAUUUCAACAACACUAUGCGUCAUUAAUGAACAAGAGUGGACGAAGAUGUUGACUGGACGAUUCAACAUCAAAAUGUUUCAGUUUCAGGACUUCUAAAAGGAGCUCCGACUGCUCGGACUCAGCCAUGUGGCAGUGGAGAUGAUGGCGCAUGAGGCACCUUAAAUGAAAAAGGCGAAGCUUAUAGCCAGCUAAACUGUCCAGUGCUUUGACCUGGAU